AUGAUCUGGAAUACUUUUCUUCAACUCGUCGUCGUUGUGCUCGGUAUCCUCCAGUCAGUCUGGGGUUUUCCCACUGUCGAAGUUGAACGCGAUGAACCCCAGGCCUCAGACCGAUAUGUCUUUGCCCACUUCAUGGUCGGCAUCGUCGAGAACUACCAAAUAGAGGACUGGAUCGCGGACAUGCAAGCAGCGCAAGCGAUCGGCAUCGACGCCUUCGCGCUGAACUGCGCCAGCAUCGACAAGUACACGCCAACGCAGCUGGCGCUGGCCUACCAGGCGGCGCAGCAGGUGGGCUUCAAGGUCUUCAUCUCCUUCGACUUCGCCUACUGGACCAACGGCGACACGGCCAAGAUCACCGCCUACAUGCAGCAGUACGCCGCCCACCCGGCGCAGAUGCAGUACCGGGGCGGCGCGGUGGUGAGCACCUUCGUGGGCGACAGCUUCAACUGGGGCCCCGUGAAGCAGGGCACCGCGCACGCGAUCCACGCCCUCCCGAACCUGCAGGACCCGGCCGAGGCGUCCAGCAACCGGGCGCGGGCCGCGGACGGCGCCUUCUCGUGGUACGCCUGGCCCACCGACGGCGGCAAUAGCAUCAUCAGGGGCCCCAUGACGACGAUCUGGGAUGAUCGGUAUGUCAAGGACUUGGCUGGGACCACCUAUAUGGCGCCCGUCUCGCCCUGGUUCGCCACCCACUUCAACAGCAAGAACUGGGUCUUCAUCUGCGAGAACCUGCCGACCCUGCGGUGGGAGCAGAUGCUGACGCUCCGGCCCAGCUUGAUUGAGAUCAUCUCGUGGAAUGACUACGGCGAAUCGCACUACAUCGGCCCCUACGCGGCCAACCACAGCGACGACGGGUCCUCCAAGUGGGCCAAGGGCAUGCCGCACGACGCCUGGCGGGACCUGUACCAGCCCUACAUCGCCGCGUACAAGUCCGGUGCCACUGCCCCGCGGGUCGAGAAGGACAGCCUGGUGUACUGGUACCGUCCCACGCCGAAGGGGGUCUCGUGCCCGGAGGACAACCUCGGGCCCCCGAACGGGAUCUCCAUGCUCGGGGACAGUAUCUUCGUGGCGACCCUGCUGACCAGUCCAGCGACGCUGACGGUGACCAGCGGGUCGAAUGGCCCCGUGCGGAUCGAGGUGCCCGCGGGGAUCGUGACGUCGAACGUCUCGAUGGGGACGGGCCCGCAGACGUUCACCAUGAGUCGGAAUGGGCAGACGAUUCUGAGUGGACCGGGCGGGUUGGCGGUGCAGAGCCAGUGCAACAAGUCAUAUAACUUCAACGUGUAUGUGGGGAAGAUUGCGGGGGUUCGAUAAGUUAUAGUGUUGCUGGUUGGGUCGUCGGGGUCUAGGAAUGCCGGC